AUGAUCAUACCAGUACGCUGCUUUACUUGUGGCAAAGUAAUUGGAAACAAAUGGGAAGCAUAUCUUGGUCUUCUGCAGGCAGAGUAUACAGAAGGUGACGCUCUGGAUGCCCUCGGCUUAAAGAGAUAUUGUUGUCGUCGUAUGUUACUGGGUCAUGUCGAUCUAAUUGAGAAGCUACUUAACUACGCGCCCUUGGAAAAG